UGGAGACCGGAAGGUUUUAUGGACAAAAAGUUACUUCCUACAGAUUCCUGAGAGAUGCCAUUGAUGCUGUUGAGAAUAUAAAAGGAGAUGCUGAUAUCUUAAUUACUGGUCCACCAGCUGGGGGUGAAGGCAGUGAUGUAGAACAGCUUGAUGAUGAAAAUUUAGAAGAUAAAGCAUUGAUGCCAGAAGAAGUUGCAGGUGAAGUUGAUGUGAUAUAUGAGGAAUCUGAUGAGGAAUUUCCUCCUAAUACAUCAAGAAAAAAGCAGAAAAGCAGUCUGCCAAAAUGGAAAAGGAGCCACAUAUCUCCUAGGAUUGAUCUACAUGAAGACAAGCAUGAAAGUGCAAAACAGUUGCUUCUAGGAAAAUCCCCUAGUCUUGCUGGGGCUUCUGAGUGGACAGUUUUUGUUAAAGUAUUUCAGAAUAUGCUUGAUCAUCUGGUUUGCGAGACUAAUAAAUAUGCUAACAGAGACAAGAACAUGCCAGAUUUUCAAAUAACAGAGGAAGAAAUGUACAAUUUCAUAGGUUUGCUUCUUCUCUCUGGUUACAACAUGCGCACAAGUGAAAAAGAAUAUUGGAGCAAAUCACCUGAUCUGUCAUGCCCAGCAACUGCUGAAACUAUGAGUCGUAAUCGUUUUCAAAAGAUCAAGAGUGUCCUUCACGCAGCUGAUAAUCAGUCCCUUGGCUCUAGCAAAAUGUCAAAAAUCAAACCAUUAUAUGAAUUACUAAAUCAGUCUUUGCUCAUGUUUGGAGUGCUACAUGAAAAUCUAAGCAUAGAUGAGUCCAUGGUACCAUAUUUUGGGAGACAUCCAUGCAAACAGUUUAUUAGAGGGAAGCCAAUUCGAUUUGGUUAUAAAUGUUGGGUAAUUGCUAGUUCAUGUGGACUUCCAUACAAAGUUGCUGUAUAUGAAGGAAAAACAGAUAAUGCAUGCAAAGAUCCACUAGGGACACGAACUGUUAUGGACUGUCUAAAAGUGUGUGAAAACCCAGCUUACCACCACAUAUACUUUGACAACUUUUUUACAUCCUACGAUUUGGUAGCAGACCUAAAAAAUCUUGGAUACAGGGCUACUGGUACUAUAAGAGAAAAUCGUAUGAAAGGAUGCCCACUGAAGACAAACAACGACAUGAAAAAGACUGACAGAGGCUCUUUUGAUUACAAAUCAGAUGGCAAUGUAGAGAUGGUUAGAUGGAAUGACAACUCAGUCGUAACCCUUUGUAGUAAUGCUGUUGGAGUGGAGCCAAUUAGACAGGUGAAGCGAAGGGUGAAGAAUAAAGGAGUAGUUAUGGUGUCUCAACCACAUGUUGUUGGUUGUUAUAAUGCAGGAAUGGGUGGAGUAGAUCUAGUAGACAGGGCUUUGGCAGAUUAUAGGCCAACAAUUCGAGGGAAAAAAUGGUACUGGCCUUUGCUGAUCAAUGCAAUAAACAUUGCAAUUGUAUACAGCUGGCGUAUCUACCAGUUAACAACAAACUGUGAAUCAAGACAGAAAGACUUCCGGAGAAGCUUAGUAGCUGUAAUGCUGAAGAAGUCCAAGCCAAGAACAAGUGUUGACUCACGACCUGGUCCAUCAUUCUCUGUUCCUGCAGAGGUAAGGACAGACAAUCGAAAUCACUACCCACAAAGCUGCCCAGUUCGACGCUGCGCAGUAUGCAAGAGAAACUGCAGAAUUCAAUGUGUGAAAUGCAACAAAUCCUUGCACCUAAAUGAAUGCUUUCAGAAGUACCAUGAGAAAUAAAAUAUCUGACAGGUGUUGUAAUGUUAUAUCAUAUUCGGAAUGAGAAGGAACUUUGAUCAUUACAAGGAAGCAGCUUAGUAUCACAUUAUAUAUUAUUUUCAUUAUUUUCUUUGUAAUAUUUUCCUGACAACAGUACUAUUUGUAGCAAGGAAUAUUCAGAGCUAAGAUAUUUCUUUAGCAUUGUAAGGAAUCAUAUUACGGUUGCAUUAUGUAUCUCUUGUUACAUGGUUUGAGGUUAAAAAUGUUAUUGAAAACAAGAAAUAUUUACACCUAGAUUCUUUGUAGUAUUUUCUUUUACAUUCUGGGGUAUUCAUUUGUGUGUGUGGGGGUAAUACUGUUUUGUAAUAUUGAUUUCAUGCAAAUAGAUACCUCUAUAAGUAUAAGCACAAAGAUAUGUACUAUGAUCUAAUUUUUUGUGAAAUAAAUACACCUUGAAUAUAGGUAAGUUUUUUAUGUAUCCAAAUGCCAAGUAUUAACCUUAAACACGUUAAAUUACAUAGUAUAAUAAGAAAAUAAUGUAAUAUUCGUAGUUUGGAAAAAGGGGUAUUCUUUUACAUAGAAAGGAUUUUUUUUUCCUACAUGGGCCCAAUGACUACAUAUGUAGUCAUGCCUAUUACGCCUACAUGAUAUAAACAAUUGAUCAAUCAAUGGUUUCUCAUUCUUAAUUAAAGCAUUUGCAAUAACACAACAAAGUAUUAUGAGAUUUGAAAAGCGUUUUAAUAUGUUGGGAUCAGAUGGGUUAAGCUAGCUCUAUCAAACUAUGUCUAUCUAUCAAUCUCUAUAUUUAUACACUACACUUUUUAAUCCUUAACUACGCGGGAAAAAAUGUUAUGGAAGGCAGGAGUGUAGGAGGGUAGACAGGGGUUUGUUAGUCGCGUCCUGGGUAUAAUUACAUGUUCACCACCAGUCACUCACUUGUUGCGCAGGAAAAAAAGUUGUCAUGGGAGGCAGGAGUUCAGGAGGGUGGGCAGCAGGUUGUUAGUGGCGUCCUGGGUAGGAUUUCCACCGAGCUCUAUUUUUAGUAGCCGAAGUACGUUUUUGUUACUUUCCCAGGCAAAGGGGGCGCCCAGGUGUUGCGCCACACCUGGGCAACCGGGAACUCCGAGGCGGCAGGCAAGCAGGUAGUGUUUACUGGUAUAGAUCGAUCGAGAGAUAGGAACAAGCCUAGGGAUCAUAAGGCGGCAGCGGCUCUCCCCGGCACCAGUGCAGGUUGGCUACUUCCUUCGUCAACACCAACACCCCAAGAAUGCGUCUGCUGUGGAUCCUGGUGGCGGUGGUGGUGGCGGUGCUCUCGAUAGCCACCCCGGCCAUUGCAUCGUUCGGCGGAGGAUACGGUGGCUAUGGAGGUUAUGGAGGGCGAGGCGGCGGUUUUGGAGGGCGAGGCGGCGGUUUUGGAGGCCGCGGCGGCUAUGGCUUUGGCCGCUAACAGGGACAUUAGCCCCGCGUGAUGCCAAACCUGACGACGACACAUGCUCGCUCCUGGCUACAACGGACCCCCCACCCCCGAGCCCCCAGUUCAUUACCUACGGGGCUCCCUACACCCACUGGUCCUCCCGCCAGUUUUCCUCUCCUUCAAACUUCCUCUUCAGGCUUCGUUCGUCUUCCCCUGCAUCACCUGUCCCGUCUUUGCUCCUCGGCCAGGUGGAGUGGAAGCCUCACACCUGGCCCCCUACCGCUCGCUAUGACCUUACCUGUAAUUACCUCGUGCUUUGAGAGGCGCCGACUCGAUCUGUCUUGGCGCCUGUUUUUGUGUGUUCAUGUUAGUCACAAGAAUCCUGCCUUAGGGUUCUCAUACUUGUGUUUUCCUUCAAUAAAGCCAAAGUACAUGCAGCAAAA